GUCCCCCGGAAGUGGAGCCCUGGACUUCCACUCGUGCGUGAGGCGAGCGGAGCCAGAGUCGAGACCAGAGGCCGAACUCGGGAUCUGACAAGAUGGCCGGGCUGCCCCGCAGGAUUAUCAAGGAAACCCAGCGUUUGCUGGCAGAACCAGUUCCUGGCAUUAAAGCAGAACCAGAUGAGAGCAACGCCCGUUAUUUUCAUGUGGUCAUUGCUGGCCCUCAGGAUUCCCCCUUUGAGGGAGGGACUUUUAAGCUUGAACUAUUCCUACCAGAAGAAUACCCGAUGGCAGCCCCUAAAGUACGUUUCAUGACCAAAAUUUAUCAUCCUAAUGUAGACAAGUUGGGAAGAAUAUGUUUAGAUAUUUUGAAAGAUAAGUGGUCCCCAGCACUGCAGAUCCGCACAGUUCUGCUAUCGAUCCAGGCUUUGUUAAGUGCUCCCAAUCCGGAUGAUCCAUUAGCAAACGAUGUAGCAGAGCAGUGGAAGACCAACGAGGCCCAAGCCAUAGAAACAGCUAGAGCAUGGACUAGGCUAUAUGCCAUGAAUAAUAUUUAAAAUCGAUCUGAUCAUCAAGUGUGCAUCACUUAUCCUGUUCUGCCAAGACUUCUUCCUUUUUUGUUUGCAUUUAAUGGACACAGUCUUAGAAACAUUACAGAAUAAAAGCCCAGACAUCUUCAGUCCUUUGGUGAUUAAAUGCACAUUAGCAAAUCUAUGUCUUGUCCUGAUUCACUGUUGUAAAGCAUGAGCAGAGGCUAGAAGUACCAUCUGGAUUAUUGUGAAACGUUUAAAAGCAGCGGCCCUUCUCUGCUUUUAUUCAUUUCCCCCAUCAUGGUUAAGCACUGUGAAUGAAGGUAGUUGUCAGGGUUAGCUGCAGGGGUUUGGGUGUUUUUCUUUAUUACUUUUUUGAGGGGGAGAGGUAGUUUUAUUUUAAUUUUAUGGGCUCCUUUCCCCCUUUUUAUGGUGAUCUAAUUGCAUUGGUUAAAAGCAGCUAACCAGUUCUUUAGAAUAUGCUCUCUAGCCAAGUCUAACUUUAUUUAGACACUGUAGAUGGACAAGCUUGAUUGUUUGAACCAAAAUGGGAACAUUAAACAAACAUCACAGCCCUCACUAAUAACAUUGUGACUUUGCUGUCAAGUGUAGAAUCCUUCCUUCAAGAAAAAGCUUGUGACCAUUUUGUAUGGCUUGUCUGGAAACUUCUGUAAAUCUUAUGUUUUAGUAAAAUAUUUUUUGUUAUUCUACUUUGCCUUUGUACAGUUUAUUUUACUGUGUUUAUUUCAUUUUCCCAAUGUGACAAUCGUAUUUAAAAAUUAAAACUGAUGGAACAUUCUCUUUUGGUCUUCACCAUCUGACAAGUUGAUCUGGCAAGAGGUGGAUUUUGCCAGUUUCUUUUCACUGAUGCAAACGUGUUAAGAUACCACUGAAUGGAGUAUUUAUAAGCUGGCCCUGAGCAUGCUUAAAGCAUUGGUAUUUUUUUUUUUUUAAACCUCCUAGAAAUUUGAAUAAAUGUGUUGGUGUUGUCUGAUUAGGUAGGUGAUCAUUGGUGUCUUGCCAUGUACAGGAGAGUCACAGCAAAGCAGCAUUGUGACUGAUUUUGUGUAGGACUCACAUGUUGUGCCACAUUUGUUUGUAUCUGGCAUUUGGGAUAUGACCCUUUUCUUAGUUCUUGUCUGGAAACCACGUGUAACCACUGGUGUGUGCUAUUAGGAAACACCAAUCUGAUAAUUUUUGGGGGUUGCUAAAGCAUUUAUGAGUCUUCCUUAUAGACCUGAUGAGCAGAUCUCAAGCAACUAGCUUGCAUAAGUGUUAUCUGAAAGGUUUCUUCCUUUGAGUAUCAGAUCCUCAGUUAAUGAUUCUUUCAUCCUUCAGUAUUUGCUAUGGGAGCUCCUGUUGUUUGAUAUUCAGUAAUUUUUUUCUGCAUUGACAGAGUUCCUCCCCUCAAAAAAACUGUUCUUUCCCACCCUUCUCCGUAUCAAAUUCCCUAUCCUUGCUCUUUGUAUGUCAUCAGUGUAGCCAGUCCCAAAUAUGUAAAUGUUAACCCCCUCCCCACACCCUCCUCACCCCCUGGGUUGGAACCUUUGUCUCUUGCAAUUUAAGGUAAUGGAUAUUGUAGCCCGUCUGAAUUUCCCCCACUCUUGAUUCUCAUAACUUCUGGAGUUUCUUCAGAAUGUGGUGUAUUUUAUUGUGCUCCUAUGUAAGAUGAAGAAUUAUCUAUUAAAAUUACAUUUUCAACAUAUGAAAGUUUUUGAUGACUGGUAACUGGUAUCCUUCCAAAUAAAUGCAUUGCUUGGAAACAAAUGUUAGUUUAAUUCAGAAUAAAAUUGUUCAUAACCCUAACAUUGUAAAUUUAAAGCUCUUGAAGAGCGGUUGACAUUUAUAACAGUUCUUGUGCUGUAGAGGGUGUUUUGCAACUAAGGAAACAGAAUCACAUUCUGGGGCCAAAAUGAACACUCAAGCAGUGAGCUUUAUUUAGUGUAGGUGGCACUACUCAUGAUGGUAGCUAGUAUCACAUAGUGAUUUGUAAGUUCUAAAAUUCCAGAUUUAAAUCCAUUGUACCACAAGAGUAUGUCUAGAAUGGGACUCAUGUCUACUGAUCUGAGUUGUAGAAGUACUAAAAUGGAAUAAUAUACUGUUUUUGUUUCAAAUAUAUGAAUUCCCGAUUUCAUGGCAUUGUUUUUUCCUUUGUAAUUUGUUAAGAGCCCCCAUUGUUUCUUUAAGACUCUUUCUCAGCCAGUGGAAUGAAAGGAGUCAGUCUGUUGAUUGAAUUUGUUUAGGAUUAAAAGGGGCUCUGGGAGAGGCCAGGUAGAUUGCAAAAACUUGUCAGCCACCUCUGGCUUUUGGGCCUCUUUUCCUUGGCCCCGCACAGUGUGUGGUUGGUUAAAAUAUUUUGAAUUCAGUGCCAGCAUUUUUAAAAAUCAGGAAAUUCACAUGGGAAAAAAAAAAUCUCCAAUUCUGGUAACAUGAAUGGUAUGAAGAUCAGGCAACUGCAGCCCCGCUCUGCGUUGCUGCAGAGCACCUUCUGGGAGGAGUGGAGUAGCCGCCUCCGGAGCCGCGCGUCCCUCUCUCCUCCUUCAGAGACUCCGCAGUGGGCUGUGAGUCCCGGACCCUGCAGCCUGCUUGCUCCUUUAUGUAGUCCUCUCUCUCUAGCCUUUGAUUUGUAACUCCUAAGCUUAAAAGGGAACAGUGAAUUCGACGGAAGUAUUUUAUGUACGCAGCACUGUACCACUUGUGGAUGAUUAAGUGAAUGAGAUUGGCCUGCGGCUUUUCCUGUGGACCUUCUUACGGGGGAGGGGCACAGAGAACUGCAGUUGCCGCUCUGUAUGGAGAAGGGAAGGAAUACUUGAGAGGGCUGCUCUCCUGAGUUCCAGCCAGAUGAACACCUCCAAGCUGGAGGAAUACCAUGUACAAAGCCCUGGGGGAGAGGAGAAGAAUCUGAGUAUGUUAAGUGGCUUCUUGAAAAAUCUGUUCUGCCCCCUUUAGGAGCUUUUCUGAAAUCCAGAAGCAUUGACUGGGGCUUUAUUUGAUUUGAUUUUGUUUCAGUCUACUUUGUUUUGAUUUUUUUUACACACUAGUUAUUCUUGGUCAUGCCUAAUAAAAUCUUGGCUCCGCAGUGUGUAGAACUUAAACCCUGCUCUAGACCAAGAAUAUACUUAAAUACAAAAUUUCAGAAGCAUUUAAGAAUAAGCUUAAAAUGCGAACUGGUAUUUGAACAAGCCACAGGUGCUGUGGUUUAGCACUGUUCAGAGAGGGUACGGGAAGAAAUCUAGUAUCCUGGAAGACACCAUAAACACAACAUUAGCGAGAUGGAACUGUUGGUGUCCUAGGAAUGAUAGAAAUUGUCUUUAUUUUUCUAUUUGGCAAUUCAGGAUUUUUUUUUUAAGCUCUUCUAGCCAUAUCACAUUUUGUUAGUUGCAAAGGUUUUAAAAAGGUAACCUUAUCUGGAAAAGCUGGCCAAAAACCAAGUAAUUAAAUUAAAUAAAAUGCCAUUAUUCAUGGCAGCUAAUUUAUCAGUUGAUUUAAGAAAAAUGUAAUUAUCUCAUUGGAAUAAUGUAUUUUUGGGCUGGGGGGAUAACAUUUCAUUUAGCAUGCUGCUUAGUUUAAGGAAUUAUAUCAGGGGUUUAUUUUUUAAAUGAUUUAAUGAUCACAAAAGCAAAACAUGUUGAAUGUAAUAACUUGAAAGAAAUAUAAAGAAUAAAAAUCUGUAAUCUUCCA